AUGGGUUCUUUCAAAGUCUAUGUGUCAAUGUUUGUGUUGAUCGCUAUGCUCAAUAGUUCCAGCAGUUAUGAAAUGGCAUCAAGAAACAAUUUUGAACCCUCACUUAGAGACUGUCUUAGUGAUGAUAUUGUUCCUACCUUACAAGGAUCGUUUUGUCCAAAAGCGAAUCCUUGUAAAAAUGGUGGAAAAGAACAGCCUGAUGGAACAUGUGUUUGUACCGAUGAAUAUACAGGUACUACUUGUGAAGAAAAAGUGAAUCCUUGUAAAAAUGGUGGAAUCGAUCUGCCUAGUGUGGGAUGUGUUUGUACAUUUGAUUUUACUGGUUCUACUUGUGAGGUCAGUACAGAUGAUAAUAUAGAAUACUUGGCUUUUGGUGAGAAGCCCGCUCAUGUCGAUAACAAAUUUAACACCCAUAUGCGUAACUUUUUUCUCUAUUAUUCCUUACAAAUUGAGAAUUUUGAGAGUAAGCCCUACCUUGCAACAACAGAAAUAGUUCGAACAUGUUCGGCAUAUCAGACAUUUUAG